UGCACGCCUCUCAUCAGCCUCCUCCUCGUGCACGCCUCUCCCCGAUGGAGCUCUCUCUCUCUGUGUGUGCUGCUGCUGCGGGACUUCGUGCGGGGAGCGGUGGCGCAGCGAUUAGCGCACCGCAAUGCGAACCCGGUGACCCGAGCUCGAAUCCCGCUCACGGCCACCACCACCAGCGGUGACGAUUGUCUGAACCGGUCCUGGGCCACCCCUAAGUCGGCUCCGCCUCAAACGAGUACCUGGUGCGGUGUGCAUUUUAAAUAGCCGCUAGGGAGACAAAGGCGGCCGUGCGUGGGGCUGGCAACCCAGCCCCCUCGUGUGCCACAGUGCCGGCCUUCAUCGGUGCAGCUCGCUAACGCGGCACUUGCCCCUGCAGUGUGUAGAGGCUACACGGGGAGCUUUGUCUGUGUGCGGGUCGAUUCAGAUGCCGGGGCCCCCCCCACCACACACUGUAACCCGCAGUGGGGCACCGCCGCUGAGAAGUCCACGACACGAACAUCGACUCCUUGAACAACAACAACAUAGACUAGAGCAGCAACAACAACAACUACAGCAGCAGCAACAACAACAGCAACUACAGCAGCAGCAACAACGACCCGGGGCUUCCACAGAGACGAAGCUGCUGCCGUGGCGCGGGGCGGCAUCGACGAGGCGCGACGCACGCGGCCCCCAGGGGUCAACUUCACUCGCGACCAGGGCCCUGCGGCCUUCCCAGGGCCCUGCGGCCUUCCCAGGGCCCUGCGGCCUUCCCAGGGCCCUGCGGCCUUCCCAGGGCCCUGCGGCCUUCCCAGGGCCCUGCGGCCUUCCCAGGGCCCUGCGGCCUUCCCAGGGCCCUGCGGCCUUCCCAGGGCCCUGCGGCCUUCCCAGGGCCCUGCGGCCUUCCCAGGGCCCUGCGGCCUUCCCAGGGCCCUGCGGCCUUCCCAGGGCCCUGCGGCCUUCACUGGAACCCUGUGAGUGAGUCGUGAUCACCUCGACUGGAGCCGGUCCCCGCUCGCCAUGGACCCGGGCGCCGCCGCGGAGCUGAGGAGCGAUCGGAGACGCGCGCGGCGGACGGCGUUCGGCCUCUACGUGGAGACGCUGCGCGUGCCCGGGCCCCCGGCUGGAGCAGGGUGGCGCUGCUGCGGACAGACGUUCGUGCAGCGCGGGGAGGUCCAUCGCCACGUGGGGACGCACCACGCCGACGACGCCGCCGCUGCUGCUGCCCGGGGCGAUGCCCUCCAGCUGGAGUGGCGGCUCAGCCCGGGAGCUCCCCACGACAGUGCGAGCGCUCGGGCACCAGGAGAGGGCGGCAGGCGAGCGGGAGAUGAAGACGAGGAGGAUGCCAGGGGUGAAGAUGCAACGAUGGACGUGCCGUGGCUGCCAGACACCACCGCCCUGAAUCUGGAUUCACGCCCUGGAGAGGAGGGCGAGGUGCUCCUUUUCUACUGCUACUGCGACGUGGCCGCCCCCCGCGCGCUCUGCCGCUGGCAGAGGACGCUGUGCGAGCGCCUGCAGCUCACGGGGAAGAGUGUCGAGGGAGGCUGUGCCCUGCCCGCCGUGCGAGUGGCUGUGCGUGAGUGGAGCGGCUGGCUCUGUCUGCAGGUGCGCUUGGCCGCGGAGGGCCUCAACGGGACGGUGGGCGGCGUGCGCGCAGCCACACGGGCCUACGUGCAGGCCGUGCUGGCUCACCCGGCCCUCAGGGGCAUGACCCUGGACGACUUCAAGAGCAGCCCGGGCGGCGCUCACUGCUUCGCGGAUCUCCGCGUGGCCGUGCACCAGGAGAUCGUGCCACUGGGACUCAGCCCCCAGGCCGUGUCCCACCGUGAUGCAGGGCGUCGUCUCUCACCGGAAGAGUUCCACGAGGAGGUGCAGGCGCUGCUGGGACGGAACGCGGCGGGGAGCAGCGGCGGCGGCACGCUGCUGCUCGACUGCCGCAACUUCUACGAGAGCAAGAUCGGCCGCUUCCGCGGGAGCGUGGCGCCUGACAUCCGCAAGUUCAGCUACUUCCCCGAGUACGUGGACCGCAACGUGGAGCUGUUCCGUGGCAAGCGCGUGCUCAUGUACUGCACGGGCGGCGUGCGCUGCGAGCGCGGAUCGGCGUACCUGCGCUCCAAGGGCGUGUGCCAGGACGUGUGCCAGCUGCAGGGUGGCGUCCACCGCUACCUGGAGCGCUUCCCGCAGGGAUUCUUCCGGGGGAAGCUGUUUGUUUUCGACGAGCGAUACGCCAUCAGCUCUAACGACGACGUCAUUGCCUCGUGCGUGUACUGCGGGCGGCCGUGGGAUGAAUUCCGCCUGUGCAGCACGCGUGCCUGCCGCCAGCUGGUGCUGUCGUGCGAGCCGUGCCGGUCGACCGGCCUCACCGCCUGCUGCCGGCCGUGCCAGGACAAGGCUGGCGCUGCCCCGGCACGGACUGCGGGAGGGGCCCCGGAGGAGUGCGCGUGUACCGCACGCAGGGAGCGCGCUCCACUCCACGCCCAGCCGGAGGGUGACCACUCGCCCACCCACUGACCGUCCACCCACAUGCCAGCUGACCUCUCACCCACCCACUCACCCACCCACACGCCCGUUUACCCACCCACUGACGCUCGCCCGCCCGCUUACUCAGCCACACGGCAGCUGACCACUCACCCGCCCGCUCACCCACCCACACGCCCGUUCACCUACCCACUGACGCUCGCCCGCCCGCUCACCCACCCACAUGCCAGCUGACCUCUCACCCACCCGCUCACCCACCCACACGCCCACUGACCACUCACCUGCCUGAUGAUCACUCAUCUGCCCGCUAACCACCAUCUGCCUGCUUUUUUAUACACAGAAAAGCCUCGCUAUGUCUCAGUAUUUUGUUGUAGUGGGAUCUUGUGUUGGGACGUUUGCUGAAUUCCUUGAGUGAUUGGCAAAAUCAGAAUACCCUGGGAAACUCAGGAAUAACGAGGAUGUAACACUAAAAAUCAACAGGGAGUGGUUGGGAACCCACUUGCUGUACUACCUGUGGUAUGGGCAAGUAAUCUGUCAGACAGGUCAUUGAUUUCCUGGUAUAAAAUGAAAUAAACGAAGUGAGCAUAUUAAUAAACAUUUUACUUUAACCGAAGCGCAUAUGUAGCUGAAUUUUAUUAAUCGUGGUGUUGAAAAACAUUUGGGGAAAAAUUAAAUGUUGAACCCGAAUCUG